GUCGCUGCGGCUCUCAGAAAGGAAAAUGGCGGCUCUCGGACGGCUCUCUCAGGCUUUGCUGAGGUCUUCUCUGACCCAGAGCAAGCGUCAGCUUUCUGCUGCUGCUGCCCACGGGCACGGCGAGCAGGCAGCCAGGACAUGGAAGAUCCUCUCCUUCGUGGUGGCCCUGCCUGGUGUCGCUGUGUGCAUGUUGAACAUGUACUUGAAAGAGCAAAGUCACACCCAUGAACAGCCGGACUUUGUCCCUUACGCCCACCUUCGCAUUCGCUCCAAGCGUUUCCCUUGGGGAGAUGGCAACCACAGCCUUUUCCACAACUCACAUCUGAACGCCCUUCCUGAUGGCUAUGAGGGUCAUGAUGAAUAAAUCCCUCCCUCCAGACCUCAUAACUGGUACAAGGACCAGUCCUCCCCUCAGCUUCUGUUACCGGACCACACUCCCAAUCACAGUUUACGCUUUGUUUUCUUUUUUGGUUUACCUCUGUGCUUCCUACAUGGGGCACCUGAACAAACCGUUCCGUUACUUUGGACCAUUAAACAAAAUGUCUGCUGAGACUGAAUUAACAUAAAUAAAGUAACUAUUAUUACCUCGAAA